UCCGUAGCCUGUUGCUGCCAAACCAUCUGACAGUUUAAAUUUAUAUUCUGCCCUAUUACUGUACUCGAAUCCCCAAGCUUUAAAGUCAGUCUUUUUUUUUUAAGUCAUUACAGUGACUAGAGCUCACUCUUAAACCACGAUGCGCAGUGUGGAGACGCGCUCAGCAACGUUUCUCUGUGGUGGUGCACACCUUCUUUGCAGCCUGUAAUUGUUAACUUUUUUUUUGUGAGGGACAUCACUUCACGUUGUUGCAUCAUGGGAAGCUGCAGCAGCAGUUGACGCUAAAGUGUGAGUUUGUUCAUGAGUUGCUGAAGCUCCUGAAGAAAGUUGUUCGCGGAGCUCUUUUGCGUCGGGUCUCGUCACCUGAUUUUGCGCACCACUCCCAGCCGGUGCAGAACCUUUCCGCAGGGGCCAGGAUGGGCACCUUGCUGUGGACACUCGGAACUCCGCCUGCUUGGAAAGCUACGAUUGUCUUCUUCAAUAUAAUAUCAGCUGUUGUGGCCAAAAGGCACACCGUGUUUUGGAACUCUACAAACACAAGGUUAACAGCAGGUGAUCUGUCUGUCCAGCUGAAUUUCAACGAUUACCUGGACAUCCACUGCCCCCACUACCCCAACGAGGAGGCCGUGGGUCACGGGCAGCCGGAGACCCUUGCCCUCUACCUGGUGGGAGAAGAGUCGUUCCAAGGCUGUGUAGAGACCAGGGGGGCCAUCAAGAGGUGGGAGUGUAACACCCCUUUUGCUCCAUAUGGACCAGUGCGCUUCUCAGAAAAGAUCCAAAGGUUCACGCCCUUCUCACUGGGGUUUGAGUUUCUGCCAGGGAGACACUACUACUACAGCUCUCUACCCACAGAUGAAGGCCCUCCUCUGCCAUGUAUGAAGUUGCGCGUCACAGUGUGCUGUGCGCCCACAUCAGAAGGUUCAAAACAAAAACAAGAAACGGUACCUCUAAGUAGUGGAUCCUCACUCAGGACAGCGUCACCGCCGCUCCUCCUCAUCGUGCUCCUGUUGACUACCUGAACUGUCCGUCCUCAUCGCUGACCUCCCACCAGUUCUCCGUGGGAAUGUGGCGUACAAGUACGCCUCUGCACUACUUGUGAAUUACACAAUGCCAUAUUUGCUAAGCUAUUGCAAAAUGACACUUAUUGCCUCGUGGCUGUUUACGUGUGAAAAUCUAGAAAGAAUCGGACAUCUUCUCCAAAACGGGGCCACGGUGAGACAGGAACUGACACUAUGAAUCACAAUGAUUCAUUUCUGAUUAUUUUGUUUUCCUACCUGUUGUGUAAGUAAUACCACUUAAUAUCAAUUCUACAGCUAAGCCUGACUGUAAGACUCAUAUCCCAGUCUGAUUUCAGAGGAAUAAUGAGUCAGUCUGGACCCGUACCAAGUUUUUCUUUGUUUCUUGUUUUGUUUCUCAUUUUCAACCUGGUGAAAAGUGGCCAAAUAAACACAUACUACUGUACUUAGCGGCUCAGGUUAGAGGUCACUAGUUAGCUGGUGACUUCUUUACUUUGUUCUGACAUGCUGUACUUUGCUAUGCGCAAAUACCUGAAUGAUCCUUCAUUGCCUCGUUUCUGACGUGAUCGAGACACAUGUGUUCUACUUUUUUAACUAAUUAGAUUUCGAAACAAAAGGCAUUUUCGGAGGAACUGGGGAAUAUUCUCGAAGAGGGAGGCUGGGCUCCUGCGCCCCCUGCUGGGAUUAAACUGGUUGUACUGGAGUUGAACUGGGUUUACCGUAAACCCAGAAACUGGACACUAGAAUCUGGUGCUGUAUGUUAAUAAUGGGACCUGGGACAGCGUUUGUCCUCUCUGAUUUGCCACUCCACUGUUCUGCAUCUGCACCCUUAAUAAGCAGAACGGAGAGGUUUAUGGGUAGCUGGACAGCAUCAGCUCAUCUCACUCCACUGAACACACUGUGGAACUGAUUGGUUGAUUCUCCUGUUGGUCCAGCAGUUGUGCAGAUAAGGAUACAAACUAUUUGCUCCUUUAGUUGUUCUUUGUUUUGUUUUGUUUUUCACAUGUUUUCCUUUAGCUUUUGCUGUAUAGUUAAUAUAAUCUGCCAGAAAAAAAAGAUGUAUUGACUAUGCAACACAUUUUAGUGAGAACUUACCUUUUUUAUUUAACAACAAAAAUUUGACUAAAAACAAUGAUUUUUUUUUUUUUCAUAUAUGUGUGCAUUUACUGGUAUAUUUUUCAGUACGCUCUGCUGUGAUGUAGUUUCCCAAGCUAAGUGAUUUAAAUGUUGUUUAUUUCUUGUUUUUGCUUUUUUGUGCUUUUAAAGAAAGUCCUUCCAAAUUAUAGACACUCGUUUAAAAAAUCCUAACAAAUUAAAAUUCAUUUAUUUUUCAAAUUAGAUAUUUUUAAAUUAGAGAAGACGUACAUGUGUAUUUUUCAUUGAAAUUAAAUUAAGGUAAUAUAUUUAUUACAUCACAAAAUUAUCUACCCAAAAUAUUUGAGUGACUUGUGUUAGAAAAAUCUGUAGGUUAAUUGUACACUUUAUCCUAGCUUUACAUAUAUAUAAUAUUUGAGUGUCAACUUGAGUGUCAAAAUGCUGUAAAUCGCACCAAUCAUGUCAAUGUUUUUUUUUAUAUAUAUAUCAUUUUAUUCUUAAAUGGGUGACAAAUGUUUGAAGAUUUUUUUUUAAAUAUCCUGGUCAGUGAUGUAGUUCUUCCCCCAACAUCAUGUAGUCUACUACUAGGCGGUUUAUGUGUGUUCUGCUUUCACAUUUUAGUGAAGAAUGUAGCUUCUUCUGUGAAGAGCCAACUGCAAUCUGAGCCUUUUUUAUGUGGCUAAACAACAAA